CGGAGGUAGAGCGGCCUGGGUAGGCGGAGCCUGCGGGGUGGGGCCAAGCCAAAGUGCCUCUCGCUAGGCGCUUCUCCAUUCUGUCAGCUCUCAGGGACAUCCACGCCAAGACUGGCACCCGUUGUGGCAGGAGGUCUGUUGCCUCUCUUCUAGCAACCAACCACCUCCCCUCCCUGGGAACCAUGGAGUCCUUCAGUUCAAAAAGCCUGGCACUGCAAGCAGAGAAAAAGCUACUGAGUAAGAUGGCGGGUCGGUCUGUGGCUCAUCUCUUCAUCGAUGAGACGAGCAGUGAGGUGCUAGAUGAGCUCUACCGAGUGUCCAAGGACUACACACACAGCCGGCCGCAAGCCCAGCGGGUCAUCAAGGACCUGGUCAAGGUGGCCGUCAAGGUGGCCGUGCUGCACCGAAAUGGCUGCUUUGGUCCUGGGGAGCUGGCCCUGGCUACCCGCUUCCGCCAGAAGCUGCGGCAGGGUGCCAUGACAGCGCUCAGCUUUGGGGAGGUGGACUUCACCUUCGAGGCUGCUGUGCUGGCUGGCCUGCUCACUGAGUGCCGGGAUGUGCUGCUGGAGCUGGUGGGGCACCACCUCACCCCCAAAUCCCACGGCCGCAUCCGCCAUGUGUUUGAUCACUUCUCCGACCCAGGCCUACUCACAGCCCUCUACGGGCCUGACUUCACCCAGCACCUUGGCAAGAUCUGUGAUGGGCUCAGGAAGCUGCUAGAUGAGGGGAAGCUCUGAGAGCUCUCAGAGCCUCCAGCCGGGCUGACUGGGAAAAACACACACCAAGGGCUUUCUAACCCUGCUCUAGGCACUAAUGCUUUUCAACCCUCAGGCUUCGAUCUCUCCCAAGGGAGCCUCACCUCUGAGACCACCCGCACCCGAACUGCUGGAGAAGGUGCAGCACUGAGCGGGGCAGGAGGCUCACUCCCACUACAGCCCCAGCACAGGAAACAGCUGCCUGAAAAAGGUGAAGUGAAACUUGGAUCUCCCACACUUCUCCCACAAAGGAUAUCUGAAACAGGGAAGCCCCUCCGCUACAAACCAAAGGGGACAGAACCCACAGAACCCUUCUGGGGACACUAAAGACAGAAGAGGGAUGGUGACACUUAGAGACUUCCUAGGCUUCCAGCUCUAGACAGAGCAUGAACAGAUACCAGCGGCUGUGUCCCAGGGUGCAGGAAGAGUGGUGAGGGCAGGGGAAGAGUCUUACAGGGGAAAUAAAACUCCUGAAACAUGGUCAGGGCUCAGUGUUUAAUCUCUCCAGCUGCUACACCUUCGGGUCAUCACAGAGGAAAGGUAGUAUACAGAAGACACCCUAUCUCACCUCCACCACGGCCACACAGGAGACUGAGGCGUAUCUCUAGUACUACUGAGGUUCCCUUGCCUACUGCUUUGUUUGAGAAACAAAAAACAAACUGUACUGCAGAUCAGUGCUACAAGUCACAAAAGAACACACAAUGAGAAGCAAGGCAUAGAUAGGCUCUGGGGGGAAGGCGUGCAACUAAGUCUCCCAAGCCAACCUCUCCUCUUCGAAUCCCACAGGAAUCUCCCUCUGCCCUUCAGCCCCACUGCAGGCUGCGCAGAGAACAAGUCAGAAGGGUGAACUAGGGGAAUGGAGAGGCCAUAUCCCUACUCUGCUGCUCUUUCUCACAGCAAGAGUUGUGAAAAAGUUACAGGGAAAUGGUUAGUCAAGACUGAAUCCAAAUCCUUGAACUUACCAUCCUUGGUGUGACACCAGAUUGCAGAGUCCCUAUGCUCAGUAACAUGCUCAGAAAGGAGCUGGGGAAGAUGAGGAACCAGCAGCUACUGGCUUGGCUCCAGGCUACAGAAAUCCCAUGUUUCAGCUAAGAGUGGGGAAGAGAGUUAGAUAUAGCAAAUAAAUAUUACUCAAUAUAGCACCAAAUAAAUUAGGGAAUAUUGUUGGAGCUGGGGAGUUGAAGGGGAGUGUCUGCUUCCCUGCUCUAAGGGCAAAAAACAGUGAAAAAGAAAAGAAAGGCAGCAGGGAUUAAAAAAAAAAAAAAAAAAAAAAAAAAAAGCCACCUGAAUCUAAAGGACAACUCCAGAUGUAGCCAAGAACUGGGAAGGGAUUUAGUUCUCAUCUCCUGCUUUUACCCCAAAAAUGUGCUCCAGCUGGCAAUGGACAAGAGCCUGGGGGAGACAGCUGGAGUAGAGGGAGGCAGGCUGGAAAGCCAUGUUUCUGAGCCUCACCUCAGGCUCCUCUCUCCCUCAAGUUGUUCUUUCCAAAUUCUGCUUCUCUCAGUCCAUUCAGGGAACAUCAGAGUUUGAAGAUUUCAUCCUCCUGGUCCCGUAGCAUCCGAGUCCGAGAGGUCCGAGUCAGCGGCACAGGACCUAGGACAGCUCGUUGCUGGGUCCGAGGGGAGCUCAGGUGGAGAUGUGCGUCCUCCCUGGGUACCCUGUAGGUGAGGAAAAGGGGAAAGAGCCCCAGAUCAAUGGAAGAAACUGAGAAUGGGCCAGGAGGUAUGGGAAACUUGUCUCCUCUCCUGCUUCAUGAAUUUUCUGCUCCAAGACAGUCUCAAUAUCAUCUGAAAAUCUUAGCCCUAAUGUUCCUCCUGUAUGGUUAAGAAAGCAGCAAGAACAAUCAACUGUUCUUCUCCGAUGAGAACAUGGAACCCAGCUCAGCCCAUCCUGGGAGCCAUGGGCUACGCACUGCAUCGUGGGGCCUCCCAGGCAAAGAAACGAAGAGUUGGGGACUUGCUGGCCAGUUACAUCCCAGAAGAUGAAGUGCUGAUGCUACGGGACGGACGUUUUGCUUGUGCCAUCUGUCCUCAUCGACCUAUCCUGGACACACUGGCCAUGUUGACAGCCCACCGUGGAGGCAAGAAGCAUUUAUCUAGCCUGCAGCUCUUCUAUGGUAAGAAUCAGUCAGGAAAGGAAAUGGAGCAAAAUCCAAGACCACAGAAUGAAUUGAAGAAGGAAGGGACCAAACUUGAGCUCUGGAUGGAUCCCAGAUGGAGAAGGUCGAUGGGUAAAAGAUGAAAAUGUUGAGUUUGACUCCGAUGAGGAGGAACCCCCUGAUCUCCUGUUGGACUGACAACUUUCUACAUUUGUUUCAUAAAUAAACUACAGUGGGCAUUGGGAGCCCAACUUUGCUUAA